AUGGCGUCUUCCGGUAACGGCAACCGCGCUCCUGAUACUCAUGGCCACCAGUCGAUCCCGCUCCGUGACCUAUCGCGUCCUCCCGGUACCGUGAUUGCCGGAAGUACAGGUGGUAGGCUAGGGAGAACGAGGAGCAUUAGUGGCAGCGAAGGGAAUGGGCUAGGAAGACGGUCCUUACUCAGUCGCAGGUCCAAUGUGCGAAGGUACGAGCGAAUCGCGGAGGACUCACCUAGUCGCACGCCCGGGGAAAGUUCGGAUGGGUUUCAAACGAUUAAUCUAUCUCAAGAUAAUAGCUGGGGCGGGGAUACAAUAGGAGGAACCGGGUCGAGGAAUCUUCAUACUUCCGAUGGAGAGCAGAAUGCGGGGUUGCACGUCAACCGGUCGGAGAGCAUAUAUCAGCCUCAGGCUCGAAUUGGGAGCAUUGGAGGAUAUGACGAGCCGGACAACCUGGCUGCGCUCACACACAUGGAGCCUGAAUAUUUCAAUGAAAAUGCUUCACCAGUCGAGGUUGGCGAGACGGAUAGGACACCUUUGACUGAUCGAAGAUAUUUGCAGCCGAUAAGUGGCACUGCCGAACGUCAGACGGGUCGUUCUCAGAGCUAUAGCGGUCAUAGUAGCCACAGUGUUCGCUUUGCGGAUGAUGCCUCGACAAGUCGUCUUGGUGAUGAUCUGCCGCACCUUGAAAGUGGACUUGGGAGAAGGGAGAGCAGCUAUGAGAGUCGGGUUAGCUCUCAGCCCAGCCUAUCCCGCUCCAAACGCCUUACGGCCACCAGUUCAGGCUCUGCUUUAUCAAGGGCGGGUUCAAUGAUGAAAAUGAUGUCUCAGCGUGUGGUUAACCUAAGCAACGAGCCAGAACUUGUCGAACAGAGCCUACGAAGGAAGUCCUCGCUCAAAUCUGCACGUCUAGAAGGACCCCCUACAUUACCGGCGAUGAUGGACUAUGCUCAUGACAUUAGAGACACCCCGUCCCAGGAUGGUGCCCCUGAAAAGCGAUUUCCUUUACAGCAUGCCAGACAACAAAACCCCAAAAUCAAUCCACUGAGAGGGAAUUCGUGGGGUAUUUUCUCCCCAGAGAAUAAACUCCGGAAAGCUUUAUGCGAAGUGCUGAUUCACCCUGCCACUGAGCCAAUAAUCCUAAUUCUUAUCGUGGUUCAAACCGUUCUUCUUGCAAUUGAAUCGACAGUAGAAAAACGAACCCUGGUUGGAAAAUGGGGAGAUGGCGCCUUUGAUUAUGCCUUUUUCGUUCUCUUCAUCGUUUACACACUUGAAUUGGUGGCCAGAACAAUUGUGUCUGGGUUUAUCCUUAACCCUGAAGAAUAUACUACCCUUGACCGGUCAGGCGGACUUAGGAAAGCUCUGAUCGCAAAGGGACGGGAGUUAUUCAUUCCUCAAAGACAACUUUCGACGAAGAAGGUCGCAGCUCCAGUGAAUGCCCAGAUGUCCAUUUUCAGGUCAUUCACUGGAAUGCAGCCGCAAGCUAAUCAUGCGGAUGGGGCGGCUCAGCAACGCGCAAGGCUUGCACGGCGUGCCUUUCUCCGUCAUUCGUUCAACAGACUCGAUUUCCUUGCUGUAGUGUCAUAUUGGAUAUCAUUCGUGUUAUCCAUUAUGGAAGUUGAGUCAAGCCAGCGUUUGUUUAUAUUUCGGAUGAUCAGCAGCCUUCGUAUCCUGCGACUACUCGCCCUGACGAGUGGUACUACUGUCAUCCUUCGAAGUCUUAAGAAAGCCGCUCCUUUGCUAGUUAACGUCGCCGUGUUCAUUGGAUUCUUUUGGCUUUUGUUCGCUAUCAUCGGGGUCCAGAGUUUUAAAUCUAGUCUUCAGCGGACAUGCGUCUGGGUAGAUCCAAAGAACGUUCGCAACUUCACAAUGAAUGAUGCCCCCGACGGUAUUCAACUAUGCGGAGGGUAUCUCGACAACAUUACUGGCACCGAAAAACCUUGGCUUCUGCCGGACGGAAGUCAAGGGGCAAACAAAGCGAAGGGUUACUUGUGCCCCCAGGGCUCGCUCUGUGUACAAGGAACCAACCCGUAUGGCGGGACGGUUAGCUUCGAUAAUGUAAUCCAUUCUCUGCAGCUUGUUUUCGUGGUAAUGAGUUCGAACACGUUCACGGACCUUCUCUACUAUACUACUGACAGUGACUAUCUUAUUACUUCGGUGUUCUUCAUCGCUAGCUUUGUUGUUCUCAGCUUAUGGCUUGUCAACCUUUUGAUUGCGGUCAUCACAUCGUCUUUCCAGGUCAUAAGAGAAGAAAGCAAGCGAAGUGCCUUCACGGCUGACAAUAUCGAUGAUAUGCAGCCGGAAGAGAAAGCACCGUUUCGUGUCAGUGCAUUGAAACGCAUAUACGACAAAACCUUUUGGCUUUGGAUAGUAUUGAUCACUUUCGACCUAGUCGUUCAGGGAAUGAGAAGCUCGUCCAUGGGACCAGAUCGCAAGGCGUUUAUUUAUUCUACCGAACUUGCAGUUACAGUCAUUCUUCUGUUCGAGAUAAUCUUCCGGUUUGCAGCGGACUGGAGAACUUUCCUCAGGAGCUCCCGAAGCUGGUUCGAUUUGGCCCUGGCUGUGAUUACGGCGAUUAUUCAACUUCCACUGAUCCGUGACUCUAAUCGCCUGUACGCGGCGUUGACUAUUUUCCAAAUCUUAAGGAUAUAUCGAGUGGUCCUUGCUUUCUCUCUCACCAGGUCACUUAUCAUGACGGUUUUCAGCAAUGUCGUCGGAUUGUUGAAUCUAAUAUUAUUCGUCUUUCUCAUCACUUUUCUAACCGCUAUUUUCGCCGUUCAGUUAUUUCGCGACCAGAUCCCUAAGCAAGAUAGCGGCGGUAAUCCAACCCCGGUAUCGUUCUCUAGCAUCUAUAAUUCUUUCUUGGGAAUGUAUCAGAUACUCUCGAGCGAAAAUUGGACGACUAUUAUGUACACGGCCACUGCUUCAAGCGCUCCGUGGAAAACAGCAUGGAUAUCCGCAGCCUUUUUUAUAAUGUGGUUUAUUCUCGCCAAUCUUGUCGUUUUAAAUAUGUUUAUUGCUGUCAUUCAAGAAAGUUUUGAUGUUUCUGAAGACGAAAAGCGACUUCAUCAAGUGAAAGCCUUCUUGCAACAGAAGCAACUUAAUGGCUCUUCGCAGGGCAAUCCUGCAUUAUCCUCAAUUUUCAAACUUGGCCGUGACCAGCAGAAAUACCGCGACCCUCUUGAUCAUGGGCCAGCUGCACUUGAGAUGCUCCUCAAAGAUGCCGUGGUUCAUGAAUUCCUUGAUGAGCCAGUCCCAUUGCGGCCGGCUGAGAGCCAGCAGCAGGACUUAUCCCCCGAUCUCGUUCAGCCUGGAGCAUUUUCAAAUUGGCUCAACAAGCUCAAAAGUCGGAUACUUAACCGGGAGCCGAACCCUUUUUACUCAAAGUUGAAGAUCUCGAGGGACUAUGACGAACUAGACCCGACCGCAAUGGCCAAGGAAGUACUCUCAGCAUCGGAGCAAAGGAAACAAGCCCAAAGACAGUAUUUACAGAGGUACCCAAGGUAUAACGUGUCUCUGUUCCUAUUCCCUCCCAAUCACCCGAUGCGCCGCCUUUGCCAACGUAUAGUUGGGCCAGGGCGUGGUAACACCCGGAUUGAAGGGGUAGAUCCUUACAAGCCGGUCUGGUACACCUUCUCUGCUUUCAUCUACGCCGCUAUCGUUGCUAUGGUCCUGCUGGCCUGUAUUGCCACCCCUUUGUACCAACGGACUUACUUCAAGACGCACCAGUAUGCCGUUAAAAAUUGGUUUGUAUGGACGGAUAUCGGGUUUGCAAUUGUUUUUAGUGUCGAAGCUCUGAUCAAAGUGAUUGCCGACGGUUUCUUCUGGACACCCAAUGCCUACUUUAGAGCAUCUCUUCAUAAGAACGGAGACGUGUCCCGUGUGGUUGGAGCGUUUCGAGCUUUAAGGGCACUGCGAUUACUUAAUGUUAGCGACAGCGCGAGAGAAACGUUCCAUUCGGUUAUCAUUGUUGGCGGAUGGAAAGUUAUAUCUGCAGGGUUUGUCUCGAUGGGUUUCUUAGUCCCUUUUGCUAUAUACGGACUGAACCUUUUCAAUGAUCAAAUGAAACGGUGCAACGACGAUAAUUUCGGAUACAGCGCCCUUACGCAUUGUGUUGGGGAAUAUAAGUCCUCGCCAUAUGCUUGGGAAAUGCUAGCUCCUCGAGCAGUGGAUAAUCCUUUCUAUAGUUUUGAUACUUUCGGUGAUUCGUUGUUCAUUCUUUUCCAAAUCGUCUCCCAAGAGGGCUGGACGGAUGUGCUAUGGAGUGCCAUGAGCAUCACGGGUGCCGACAAACAACCUCGAGCAUUUGCGUCGCAGGCUAAUGGGCUUUUUUUCGUUGUCUUCAACCUUUUGGGUGCCGUCUUCGUUUUGACAUUGUUUGUCUCGGUCUUCAUGCGAAAUUAUACCGAACAGACGGGCGUGGCAUUCCUGACCGCAGAACAGCGAUCGUGGCUCGAACUUCGCAAGCUUUUACGGCAAAUCUCACCCUCUAAGAGAUCAACGAGUAAAAAGAACAACAAAUUUAAGGCGUGGUCAUACAGGAUAGCCCACUACUUCUUUAUCCCACGGAAUAAUCAACUCGACCAACUUUUCAAAACCGCAGCUGCUAGUCUGACAGCGAUCUCCAACGUACUGGCGACGUGGUUCGUCUUAUUCCUUGUAUACGCCAUCGCUCUGACGCAAAUAUUCGGGCUCACCAAGUUUGGCGAAGGCGAAAGUAACAAUAUCAAUUUCAGAAAUGUGCCCAAAGCCUUAAUUCUUCUUUUCCGCAUGAGCUGCGGCGAAGGCUGGAAUCAGGUCAUGGAAGAUUUCGCAACCAUGGAGUACCCUUAUUGCACCGUGGUAGAAGAAUUCUUUGAAAGCGAUUGUGGCAGCGCCGGCUGGGCUCGUGCACUGUUUAUUUCCUGGAACAUUCUUAGCAUGUAUAUUUUUGUUUCCCUUUUUGUGUCGUUGAUCUUCGAGAGUUUUUCAUACGUGUACCAGCGAAGUAGCGGUCUAUACGCUGUCAGUCGAGAGGAGAUUCGUCGCUUCAACCAAAAAAGGGCAACGUUCGAUCCGGACGGCACCGGUUACCUUUCAUUGGACCAAUUCCCACGUCUUCUUGGUGAGCUAUCUGGAGUAUUCGAGAUGCGAGUUUACGACGGGGACUUUACUGUUGGGCGCCUCCUUGAAGAAUGCAAGGUCAACCGUCGUGAAUCUCAACAGCCUCAUGUUCGAGCCGUCGACGGCGUAGAUUUGGACAAGCUGUCACGAAUUCUCCGAAAUCUUCCUAUCCAAACAAUUCGCAGGAAACGAGCUCGACUAAACGCAUUCUACGAGGAGGUUCUCGUCUCUGCGGAUCGGGAAAAGGGGAUCUCUUUUACGUCGUGUCUCAUGAUCCUCGCUCAUUAUAACGUCAUUAACGACAGCAAGAGCUUAAGGCUAGAAGAAUUCCUAAGACGACGUGCACGGCUUCAGCGCGUCAAUGAAGCAGUACGUCGAAAUGUCGUCGUUGGAUUCUUCAAUACCCUAUACUGGUUUCGCAAAUUCCGACGCCAUCAAGAACUUAAACACACGUCGCGCCUGGUGGAGGUACCCCAAUUUUCGGUUCCAGAAAUUUAUGUCGAAGAUGAUGGCCAGGACGAAGGAGUUUCUGAAGGUCAUCAAAGUAGGCCACCUUCGCCUUCAAUGCUCUCUCCAACGAGCGAUAGGUCUGGCACGUCUGACCGCAGCUCGCGAACGCUCCCGCGCAUUGAUACUACCAUAGCUACAGGGGAUCCGUUCUCCUCUCCAACGCAUUCGGAGUGGUCUCAGAUUGGCUCACUGUCGCCUCAUCGAUCAACUAUGGGCGAUGGGGAUAUGGGCCAGACAGAUGGUGCUACCGGCCGCCCGCGCGCCGGUAGCUCCGUGAGCGUUCAGGGCGUGAUGGACUCGUUUGACAAUUCCGUCUGGGGAGAGAGCAUUCGAAGAAGUUUUACUCAACGCCGCUCACAAGGCAACUAA